AUGUCAAGGGCACUGAGCGCAAAGGAACUCACCGCGCUGUACGAGAGCACGCGCGCCGCUAUGGAUUCGCCGAGCCCGAAUCUCGACACCCUCCGGUCCCAGCUGUCCAAGCUGAAGGUGGGGCUGGUUCAAAUUGCCAUGCAGAACAGCGAGGUGGCGACAGACACCUCGUACCUGCUUCUAAAGCGCAGUGCACUGGAACUGGGCGCAGAGUUUUCAGUAAAGGUCGGCGAUAUCCCCGCGUUUGAGCGCUACAUGGCACAGCUGGAGUCGUACUACUUUGGAGACAACCUGGGCCUGGAGGAGUCAAAGGUGAUGUACCCGCUGAUCGGGCUGAACCUGCUGCGGAUGCUGUCGGAGAACCUGAUCGCAGACUUCCAUACGACACUGGAGCGUAUUGACCUCAACCAGAUCCUGAACAACGAGUUUGUCGCACACCCGGUGAAGCUGGAGCAGGCGCUGAUGGAGGGCAGCUACAAGAAGGUGUGGCAGGCGCGCGCCGAGGUCCCGACGCCUGAGUACCUGUUCUUUGUGGACAUCCUGAUGUCGACUAUUCGCAAUGAGGUUGCGUCGUGCACAGAAAAGAGCUACGCGAGCCUGCCGCUGGACGACGCCAAGACGGUGCUGUUCUUUUCGAACAUGGAUGAGCUGCUGACAUUUGCGCAGGAGCGCGGGUGGGAUGUCAGCCCCGCGGAGAAAAAGGUUACGUUCCCGUCACACGUCGAGAAUAUGCGUGUGUUCCAGGGCGAGAGCAUCAUGCACCAGACGUUGAGCUACGCACGGGAGCUUGAGCGCAUUGUCUGA